AUGUCUACCGAGGAGGAGACAACUGAAUUAGGAACAACUGAGGAAUUUACUUCAGAUGUAACAUCAACUGCGCCCUUAACAACAGAGAUCACCACCAUUAGUAUGUCUACCGAGGAGGAGACAACUGAAUCAAGAACUACUGAGGGAUUCACUUCAGACAUUACUUUAACUGGGCCUUCAACAUCAGAUAUCACCACAGAUGGUCUGACUACCGAGGAGGAGACAACUAAGGCAUUAACCUCAGAUAUGACAUCUACCGCUUUACCAACAUCAGAUAUCACAACAAAUGGUAUGACUACGGAAGAGGAGACAACUGAAUUAGGAACAACUGAGGAAUAUACUUCAGAUGUUACAUCAACUGCUUUCUUAAGAACAGAUAUCUCCACCAAUGGUCUGACUACUGAGCAGGAGACAACUGAAUCAAGAACUACUGAGGGAUUCACUUCAGACAUUACUUCAACUGGGCCUUCAACAUCAAAUAUCACUACUAAUGGUCCGACUACCGAGGAGGAGACAACUGAAUUAGGAACAACUGAUGGAUUCACCUCAGAUAUGACAUCUACUGCUCUACCAACAACAGAUAUCACAACCAAUGGUCUAUCUACUGAGGAGGAGACAACUGAAUUGGGAACAACAGAAGAAUUCACCUCGGAUGUUACAUCUACUGUUCUACUAACCUCAGAUAUCACAACCAAUGGUCUAUCUACUGAGGAGGAGACAACUGAAUCGGGAACAACAGAAGAAUUCACCUCAGAUGUUACAUCAACUCUGCCGUCAACAUCAGAUAUCACUACUAAUGGUCUGACUACCAAGGAGGAGACAACUGAGGGAUUAACCUCAGAUAUGACAUCUACCGCUCUACCAACAUCAGAUAUCACAACCAAUGGUAUAACUACAGAGGGGGAGACAACCGAAUUAGCAACAACUGAGGGAUUAACCUCAGAUGUGACAUCAACUGCUCCCUUAACAACAGAUAUCACCACCAAUGGUAUGACUACCGAAGAGGAGACAACUGAAUCAGGAACAACUGAAGAAUUAACCUCAGAUGUUACAUCAACUCUGCCGUCAACAUCAGAUAUCACUACUAAUGGUCUGACUACCGAGGAGGAGACAACUGAAUUAGAAACUACUGAGGGAUUCACUUCAGAUGUUACAUCAACUGCUCCCUUAACAAAAGAUAUUACGACCAAUGGUAUUACUACCGAAGAGGAAACAACUGAAUCAGGAACAACUGAGGGAUUCACCUCAGAUAUGACAUCUACUGCUCUACCAACAUCAGAUAUCACAACCAACGGUCUAUCUACUGAGGAGAAGACAACUAAGGGAUUAACCUCAGAUAUGACAUCUACCGCUCUACAAACAUCAGAUACCACAACAAAUGGUAUGACUACGGAGGAGACAACUGAUUUAGGAACAACUGAGGAAUUUGCUCCCUUAACAACAGAUAUCACGACCAUUGGUAUGUCUACCGAGGAGGAGACAACUGCAUCAAGAACUACUGAGGGAUUCACUUCAGACAUUACUUCAACUGAGCCUCCAACAUCAGAUAUCACCACCGAUGAUAUCACAACAAAUGGUAUGACUACGGAGGAGGAGACAACUGAAUUAGGAACAACUGAGGGAUUUACCUCAGAUGUGACAUCAACUGCUCCCUUAACAACAAAUAUCACUACCAUUGGUAUGUCUACCAAGGAGGAGACAACUGAAUCAAGAACUACUGAGGGAUUCACUUCAGACAUUUUUUCAACUGGGCCUUCAACAUCAGAUAUCACCACCAAUGGUCUAUCUACUAAGGAGGAGAAAACUGAAUCGGGAACAACAGAAGAAUUCACCUCAGAUGUUUCAUCAACUCUGUCAUCAACAUCAGAUAUCACUACUAAUGGUCUGACUACCGAGGAGGAGACGACUGAGGGAUUUACCUCAGAUAUGACAUCUACUGCUCUACCAACAUCAGAUAUCAUAACCAAUGAUAUGACUAUGGAGGAGGAGACAACUGAAUUAGGAACAACUGAGGAAUUUACUUCAGAUGUAAAAUCAACUGCUCCCUUAACAACAGAUAUCACCACCAUUGGUAUGUCUACCGAGGAGGAGACAACUGAAUCAAGAACUACUGAGGGAUUCACUUCAGACAUUACUUCAACUGGGCCUUCAACAUCAGAUAUCACCACCGAUGAUAUCACCACCAUUGGUAUGUCUACCAAGGAGGAAACAACUGAAUCAAGAACUACUGAGGGAUUCACUUCAGACAUUAUUUCAACUGGGCCUUCGACAUCAGAUAUCACCACCAAUGGUCUAUCUACUAAGGAGGAGAAAACUGAAUCGGGAACAACAGAAGAAUUCACCUCAGAUGUUACAUCAACUCUGUCGUCAACAUCAGAUAUCACUACUAAUGGUCUGACUACCGAGGAGGAGACGACUGAGGGAUUAACCUCAGAUAUGACAUCUACCGCUCUACCAACAUCAGAUAUCAUAACCAAUGGUAUGACUACGGAGGAGGAGACAACUGAAUUAAAAACAACUGAGGAAUUUACUUCAGAUGUAACAUCAACUGCUCCCUUAACCACAGAUAUCACCAUCAUUGGUAUGUCUACCAAGGAGGAAACAACUGAAUCAAGAACUACUGAGGGUUUAACUUCAGAUAUUACUUCAACUGGGCCUUCGACAUCAGAUAUCACCACCAAUGGUCUAUCUACUAAGGAGGAGACAACUGAAUCGGGAACAACAGAAGAAUUCACCUCAAAUGUUACAUCAAUUCUGCCGUCAACAUCAGAUAUCACUACCAUUGAUAUGUCUACCAAGGAGGAGACAACUGAAUCAAGAACUACUGAGGGAUUCACUUCAGACAUUACUUCAACUGGGGCUUCAACAUCAGAUAUCACCACCGAUGGUCUGACUACCGAGGAGGGGACAACUGAGGGAUUAACUUCAGAUAUGACAUCUACCGCUCUACCAACAUCAGAUAUCACAACAAAUGGUAUGACUACGGAGGAGGAGACAACUGAAUUAAGAACAACUGAGGAAUUUACUUCAGAUGUAACAUCAACUGCUCCCUUAACCACAGAUAUCACCAUCAUUGGUAUGUCUACCAGGGAGGAAACAACUGAAUCAAGAACUACUGAGGGUUUCACUUCAGAUAUUACUUCAACUGGGCCUUCGACAUCAGAUAUCACCACCAAUGGUCUAUCUACUAAGGAGGAGACAACUGAAUCGGGAACAACAGAAGAAUUCACCUCAAAUGUUACAUCCAUUCUGCCGUCAACAUCAGAUAUCACUACCAUUGAUAUGUCUACCAAGGAGGAGACAACUGAAUCAAGAACUACUGAGGGAUUCACUUCAGACAUUACUUCAACUGGGGCUUCAACAUCAGAUAUCACCACCGAUGAGGAGGAGACAACUGAAUCGGGAACAACAGAAGAAUUCACCUCAGAUGUUACAUCAACUCUGUCGUCAACAUCAGAUAUCACUACUAAUGGUCUGACUACCGAGGAGGAGACGACUGAGGGAUUAACUUCAGAUAUGACAUCUACUGCUCUACGAACAUCAGAUAUCAUAACCAAUGGUAUGACUACGGAGGAGGAGACAACUGAAUUAGGAACAACUGAGGAAUUUACUUCAGAUGUAACAUCAACUGCUCCCUUAACAACAGAUAUCACCACCAUUGAUAUCACCACCAAUGGUCUAUCUACUAAGGAGGAGACAACUGAAUCGAGAACAACAGAAGAAUUCACCUCAAACGUUACAUCAAUUCUGCCGUCAACAUCAGAUAUCACUACCAAUGGAAUGAAUACGGAGGAGGAGACAACUGUAUUAGGAACAACUGAGGAAUUUACUUCAGAUGUUACAUCAACUGCUCCCUUAACAACAGAUAUCACCACCAUUGAUAAGUCUACCAAGGAGGAGACAACUGAAUCAAGAACUACUGAGGGAUUCACUUCAGACAUUACUUCGACUGGGGCUUCAACAUCAGAUAUCACCACCGAUGGUCUGACUACCGAGGAGGAGACAACUGAGGGAUUAACCUCAGAUAUGACAUCUACCGCUCUACCAACAUCAGAUAUCACAACAAAUGAAGAAUUCACCUCAGAUGUUUCAUCAACUCUGUCAUCAACAUCAGAUAUCACUACUAAUGGUCUGACUACCGAGGAGGAGACGACUGAGGGAUUUACCUCAGAUAUGACAUCUACUGCUCUACCAACAUCAGAUAUCAUAACCAAUGAUAUGACUAUGGAGGAGGAGACAACUGAAUUAGGAACAACUGAGGAAUUUACUUCAGAUGUAAAAUCAACUGCUCCCUUAACAACAGAUAUCACCACCAUUGGUAUGUCUACCGAGGAGGAGACAACUGAAUCAAGAACUACUGAGGGAUUCACUUCAGACAUUACUUCAACUGGGCCUUCAACAUCAGAUAUCACCACCGAUGGUCUGACUACCGAGGAGGAGACAACUGAGGGAUUAACCUCAGAUAUGACAUCUACCGCUCUACCAACAUCAGAUACUACAACAAAUGGUAUGACUACGGAGGAAACAACUGAUUUAGGAACAACUGAGGAAUUUACUCCCUUAACAACAGAUAUCACCACCAUUGGUAUGUCUACCAAGGAGGAAACAACUGAAUCAAGAACUACUGAGGGAUUCACUUCAGACAUUAUUUCAACUGGGCCUUCGACAUCAGAUAUCACCACCAAUGGUCUAUCUACUAAGGAGGAGAAAACUGAAUCGGGAACAACAGAAGAAUUCACCUCAGAUGUUACAUCAACUCUGUCGUCAACAUCAGAUAUCACUACUAAUGGUCUGACUACCGAGGAGGAGACGACUGAGGGAUUAACCUCAGAUAUGACAUCUACCGCUCUACCAACAUCAGAUAUCAUAACCAAUGGUAUGACUACGGAGGAGGAGACAACUGAAUUAAAAACAACUGAGGAAUUUACUUCAGAUGUAACAUCAACUGCUCCCUUAACCACAGAUAUCACCAUCAUUGGUAUGUCUACCAAGGAGGAAACAACUGAAUCAAGAACUACUGAGGGUUUAACUUCAGAUAUUACUUCAACUGGGCCUUCGACAUCAGAUAUCACCACCAAUGGUCUAUCUACUAAGGAGGAGACAACUGAAUCGGGAACAACAGAAGAAUUCACCUCAAAUGUUACAUCAAUUCUGCCGUCAACAUCAGAUAUCACUACCAUUGAUAUGUCUACCAAGGAGGAGACAACUGAAUCAAGAACUACUGAGGGAUUCACUUCAGACAUUACUUCAACUGGGGCUUCAACAUCAGAUAUCACCACCGAUGGUCUGACUACCGAGGAGGGGACAACUGAGGGAUUAACUUCAGAUAUGACAUCUACCGCUCUACCAACAUCAGAUAUCACAACAAAUGGUAUGACUACGGAGGAGGAGACAACUGAAUUAAGAACAACUGAGGAAUUUACUUCAGAUGUAACAUCAACUGCUCCCUUAACCACAGAUAUCACCAUCAUUGGUAUGUCUACCAGGGAGGAAACAACUGAAUCAAGAACUACUGAGGGUUUCACUUCAGAUAUUACUUCAACUGGGCCUUCGACAUCAGAUAUCACCACCAAUGGUCUAUCUACUAAGGAGGAGACAACUGAAUCGGGAACAACAGAAGAAUUCACCUCAAAUGUUACAUCCAUUCUGCCGUCAACAUCAGAUAUCACUACCAUUGAUAUGUCUACCAAGGAGGAGACAACUGAAUCAAGAACUACUGAGGGAUUCACUUCAGACAUUACUUCAACUGGGGCUUCAACAUCAGAUAUCACCACCGAUGAGGAGGAGACAACUGAAUCGGGAACAACAGAAGAAUUCACCUCAGAUGUUACAUCAACUCUGUCGUCAACAUCAGAUAUCACUACUAAUGGUCUGACUACCGAGGAGGAGACGACUGAGGGAUUAACUUCAGAUAUGACAUCUACUGCUCUACGAACAUCAGAUAUCAUAACCAAUGGUAUGACUACGGAGGAGGAGACAACUGAAUUAGGAACAACUGAGGAAUUUACUUCAGAUAUAUCACCACCAUUGAUAAGUCUACCAAGGAGGAGACAACUGAAUCAAGAACUACUGAGGGAUUCACUUCAGACAUUACUUCGACUGGGGCUUCAACAUCAGAUAUCACCACCGAUGGUCUGA